AUGCAGAUGUUCAUGGACAUUGCAGCUGCGGCUGAGGAGGACAACCUCAUCUCUUUCUGUCCCGAGGAUGACGGCGAUGUCCCUGACAUGCCGUUCUUCGCGGCGAGCAACCUGGACGACCGCCCCAUUGCCCCCGCCGCUGAGGACUACCCGCUAGGGUGUGAGGUGGAGCUGCGUGACGUCGAGUUUGCCAAGAUCGCACAGGAAAGCAGUCACUGGGAACCGAUCAUGGAGGUCGUAUUCGCUGUUCCGCGGCGCCGGGUGCAGGUGGACAGACACACCGGGGACUACACCUUUGUGCUGUGCAACGACAUCGACGGCUUCGAGCGCGUUGGCUGCACCCUCUACCGCGCGUGCCUGAGUGAGCCAAAGGUGAAGGCGACGCGGUACUACUCGAGCAUUCGCAGUGGACUCUCCGGAUUGGAACUGGAGGACAACGCAGAGGAAAUCCUAAGCAAGCCAGUGCAGCUGGGUGCGGUCACGUCCACUGCCGCAGAAGCGAACAGGACGGUGAUGGACGCGAGAGUGGCGGCAACGGCAUCCACCGGGAACAACGGCGUGGCGUCGCUGAAAUCUGUGCGCAGCGCCGCCAAUGUGGCAGGCUCCGCGGACGACGCGCGCCGCCGCAGCUUCAUGGCAUACAUGAAGAAGGGAACGGCGGAAAUCGGCAAGCGCAACUGCGAAGCGGCGCUCCGUUACUACAACCGCGCGCUCGAGGAAAUGCCAGAGGAAGAGGCGCGCGUGCGCAGCAGUCGAUCUGUCGCAUAUCUUCUGGCGGGUGAGAAGGAGCGGGCUCUCGAGGAUGCUAAUCGUGUGGUGCACCUCGUUCCGCGGGAGAGCGUGGGGUACAUCCGAACGGGCAAUGUCCUGCGUAGCAUGAAGAAAUUUGUCGAUGCGCAGAAGAUGUACGCGACGGCGCUCAAGUGCGACAGCGCCAGCGCGGUGGUGCGCAACCUGCUCGAGGGCAACUCCGUGGCGAUGCUGUACGAGGGCCGCACAAAGCGGUACAAAAAGAUGCGGAUUGCAUACGACGACUCGAUGAAGCGCGCGAUCGCUGUGGUGGCGCAGAACAUCGACGCAAACGAGAUUGUGAUGAAGGAGGCGACGAGCUGCGUCUUUCCGCUCUUGAGCAGCAUAUACCGCGUUGUGAACGGGCGACAGCGCUGCCCGAUGUGCUGCCACUGCGGCCGCCCAUUCGUCGAUGAGGCUCAGGUAACAGAACAGAUUCCCGGGUUGACGAAGCACCUGCUCAACUCUCUCCACGUUCUUGUCAACCCUGUGCCGUGCGAUAGCAACUGCAGCGCUUUCUACUGCAGUGAAAACUGCAAGUCUAAGGCGUGGGUGGAGCACCACUGGGUGGAGUGCACGCAGCGUGGGCGAUGGCGCGAUGGUGUGCCGGUCGUGCAUCGCCUGCUGGACCAAUUUGUCACGGCCCGCUCGGCGAACUCUCCUGUGGAGGAGACGCCGUGUGCCGUCUCUCCCGCACCGCAAUGCGUGGCGGAGGACACACGUCCCAUCAUUACUGCUGCCUGCGUCCGCAUCGCGGUGCGGAUGAUGUCGCGUAUGGUGAGCAGCGUGCUACCUGCGCAGGAGGCCGUCCAGCAGUACCGCUGGCUGCCCAUCGCCAACGUUGUGCGAGGUCAGCGGAGACAAGUGAAGGAGUUAUUGAUGACUUGCUACUCCACCCUCUCCAGCGGGUUCUCUUCCGAGGACAGCGACCAGCUCACCUUCGAGGUGUUCCAGGAGUACUACGAAAAGGCGAAGUCGAACUCGAUCAUGAUCUGCUGCUCCGUAUGGCCCAAGGUGGUGGAGCGCGUGAGUAGUCACCUCGACUUUGUGACCGCAGAAGACAGUCCAGCCGGGCUGCAUGGCAACGAAGCCUCGUUCCACCUAUGCAUGGAGCAAAUCAUGAAUGCUCCGCGCCAAGGCGUACCAGGCACUUACCACAUCUGCAUCUCCAUGUUCGAACUGGCCUCUCUGAUGACAUCGAACAACUGCACGCGAUCGGAGGUGAUGCGGCCCAACGUGAUGGUGCGCACCUUCGCGGAGUCGGCGGCGAACCUGCGCCUGCGAACACUGCGGCCCGUCGCGAAGGAGGAGGUGCUGACGAUGGCUUGGCCGGCGUACGGCGCCGCGUGA